CCCUCGGCUCCUGUGAGGCGGGUCAGGGACUGCCGGGUCUGUGCCUGCAAACGGUGGAGGAACAGGGCAAUAACCCGAUGCCCGGGGCCUGGAACAGCAGCGGGAAGAGUUUGUUCCUGAAAGCCUGCAGCCCUGCUCUCCAGGCAGCCAGAGGUUAUGCCAGACCUGUGACAAGGAGGAGGAAAGACAUCCCCAGCCAGCUGGAUGACCUCCCUCCCACCAUGCUGAAGAAGGAUUAUGCCAAUCUCCCAGUAAUGAACAGCGUGGAUGAUGUAGUGAGAAGGCUGUUGUCCCUGGAAAUGGCAAGUCAGAAGGAGAAGAUGAAAAUCAAGACGCAGCAGCUGGUGGAGAAGGUCAGGAGGUCUCCCAGCGACAACGGCUCCUUUGAGGUGCAAGUUGCAGUUCUGACUGCCAGGAUCCGCAUGUUCCAGGAGCACCUCCAGAGGCACCCCAAGGACAAGAACAACAAGCGUCGGAUGCUGAUGGACGUGGACAAGCGGAAGAAGCUGCUGGGGUACCUGCGGCGGGUGCGCUACGACACCUUCGAGAACACCUGCAAGCAGCUGGACAUCCAGUACAGCCUCCCCCCGCCCUACACACGGCGCGUCACCAAGCGCUGGCUGGUGAAGAAGGCCUUCUGCAUCAAGGUGUACCAGGAGGCACAGAAGCUGAAAGCAGCGGAGAGGCUGAAGCAGAGAGAGCGGCAGGCGAGAGCAAGGGCGGCCCGGGGGCAGCAGGGGCAGGAGAAGCUGGCACAGGAGAAGCAAACGCAGGAGGGGCAGAAGUUGGCACAGGAGAAGCCAGCACAGGAGGGAACUCCCGUGUAGCAUCACAGCCAGCCUGACAAUAAACACGUGCCCAAAGACCGGAA